AUGAAAUCUGGAAAUUCAAAUUAAGUAUUUUCUUAAGUUCCAGAUUCUAACGAGAUAAAUGAAUAUAUCAAAGAAUAUCUUAAAUAUUCAGGAUAUUCUAACACACUUGAAUGUUUUGAAGCUGAAAUUAAAAGUAAACAAGUAUCUAGUAAAGUAAUUAAAAUUCAUAAUUUAGAUGUCUAAUAAAUAACAAUAAUAAAAAUAAUUAAAUGAUGACAUUCCAAGAAUAUUUCAAUUAUUGAAAACUGACAAUAUCAAAACAAAAAGAGAGAUUAAUUUAGAGAAGGAAUAAAAAUUAUUCAAUAAAAAAUACUAAUAAAUUUUAUAAGCUGGUAGACAAAUCUUUUCAGUAAGUAUUAAUCUCUUAUAAUUAUUACAUUCAUUAAAGGAAACUGCAAAAAAUGAAAACCUAAGUGAAAGCUUAGAGAAUUAUAAAAUUUAAUUAGGAAAAUAUCAUAAAGUCAUAAUUAAUGAAGGAAAACCAGAAGGAAAUGAAUUAAUAACUGAAUAGGUUAUGCAUGAACAUAAAACUAAACUUUUUAAAAAUUAUCAAGAUAAAAAUGUAGAUGGUAUGAUAGAAGUAUUAUUGUCUUUAAGAGUAAAUGCACUUUAAAUAGCACCAGAAUUAAGAAAAAACUUAGUCUAUGAAUUAAUUAGAAAUGAUGUUUUUAAUAUUGAUGCUACUGAUAAAUUUGAUUUUAUUGUUCAACUAUUAGAUAUUAAUAAUUAAAGUUUAAGACAUGCAAUAGCAAGUUUAAUAAGUGUAAUCAGUAGUACUUUAAGAGGUGUUGAAUAUUUGACAUAUAAUGGUGGAAAUAUGAUUAUAAUAGAGAAAAUAAUUAAAAUUUUAAAAGAAUAAGAAAAUGGAUCUGUUACUUAACGAUUUUGUUUAGCUAUUUUACAGAAAGCUAGUAUUAAAGAUACUGUAAUUCCAACAUAUGUUCAUAAUGAAAUGAUUUAAUGGAUAAUAUCAUUAAUAUAAAAAUCAAUAAACACAAAAAUUCAUAUAUUUUGUUUAGAUUUUGCAUCUGCAACUUUAGCAAAUAUAAUUCAUACUCCAUAUACAUUAACAUAUUUAGAAAAGUAAUCUAGAUUCACUCAUUAAGUAUUGAUAAUUAAUUAGUUUAGAUUAUGGAGUAAUUUUUGAAAUUUAUCAAGGAAUAAAUUUAAGUGAGUGUAAUGAUGCAUAUUUUAAUAUGUUUAUCAUAUUUGAGUAAAGAAAACUUUGCUAAAUAGAUGGAAGAAUGUAGAUUUAUAGAGAGAAUAAGUGAAUUUGUUGAAUAUUAUAGUGUAAUAAAUACAGGUAUAAUAAAUUAUAAUAAAUUUAGAAAAUGAAGCAGCAGAAAUAGAUAAAAAAACAAUUCUUGAUUUAUGUGCUCAUAUGUUUCAUCCAAAAGAUACUUCAUUAGAUAAUUCAGAAACAUUAGAAUUAAAUGAAUUGAAAACAGAGGAUAGAAUUAGAGAAUACGAGAAUGAAUAAGGUGAAUUAAUAUUUGAAUGCUUUUAAGAUGAAGUUAGUUGA